AUGGAUGAUGUCAAAGACUUGUACAUCGAGCCCCCAGAUGUAAGCAACCUGACUGAUGAAGAUUCUGGUCCCGAGGAUGAAGGCACCGUCUUUCACCCAGAAAGCCUAUCCGGAAACCAAUUAUUAGCCCCUGCUGAAUUCCGAGCUUCUCGUCGUGAAGAAGAUGAAGAAGAAGAGGAAGAUGAAGAAUCUCUUGUAGAACAGAAUGAAACAAGAAAGAAACCUACAAGGAAGAAGCGUAAAGUGUCAGAGACUUUUGCAAAGAUAAAGUGGGGGAAGAAUAAGGGAACAGCGGCUCAAGCAGGUUUUUUCCCUGAAGUAAAUUGCAUUUCUGGCUACAACUCAUUGCCUAGCCAAUCUAUGUAUUGGUCAUAUGACCCUGAUCUACACAACAAAGCUAUAUGUGAUGCAAUGCGUCGGGACAGAUUUGAUCCCAUCAAGAAAUGCCUUCAUUUCAACGCCAGUACCGAUCAAGACAAAAAUGAUAAAUACACCAAACUACGCCCUCUGAUCACUCAUCUCCAAGAGAAAUUUAUGGAACACUUCAUCCCUUCACAGUGUAUAUCACAUGAUGAGGCAAUGGUGAAAUAUUUUGGGAAACAUGGGUGUAAACAGUCCAUUCGCAACAAACCUAUUCGUUUUGGCUAUAAAAUAUGGUGCCAAAACACUACCUCUGGCUACCUGCUUGCCUUUGAUCCAUACCAAGGCAAGACUUACAAAGGGGAUGAAAACAUGGAAAGUGACCUUGGAAAAGCUGCCUCUACUGUUAUGCAUCUCAUUGGGGGGGUCAUGCAAGAAGGAAGUGCAUGGGUGAGAACUGUAAAUCUGUAG